UUCACGCGCGCGGCAGUCGCGAGCAACUUUUUUUGGCGGGGACCUGCAAACAACUUAGUCAUCGUCAUCAUUGUUGUAGUUGUUGUUGUCGUCGUUGUAGUUGUUGUAGUCGUUGUUGUAGUCGUAGUUGUAGGCGGAUCGCCCCUCUCUCUCGCGGCUUUCGUCGACCGUCUCCGCGGAUUCCGUCGACCGCGUUGCGUGAGGAGACGGCGAGGAGGAGGAGGAGGUGGUGAGGGGAAUUCGCCGGCAUUCGACGAUGUCGGGCGUCGACGCGAGCUGGUGUCGGUAUUUUUUUGUGUAUGACACAUCACAGGUGACGGGGGAAGAUGACAGCACUGAUAAAGGCAUCCGCUAUUUUUACCCGCCCGAGACGGACGAGGACGAACAGCGCUUGCUGUGCAGUCAGUUCCCAGGCGUGGCGCGGUGUGUCGCCGAAAUAACCUGCCGCCCUCCGUUCAUGCUGCACCUUCGUCACGUCAAGUUUGCGCUGCGCACUCAAGGCCCCUUCUUUCUGGCUCUGGGCUGCAUAACAUCCUUGCCGGAUGGCUGCUGCCGCCACAUGUUGGAUCGACUGCUGGUGCUGUUCACGUGCUACCGUGGCCCGCUGAGGCUUGCGUACCAGCAGGGAUCUGGACCUCCAUGGCCCAUCUGGGAGCCCUUCCUGGACCAUGUGCAACGAGCAGUCAGAUACCUGCCCGGGCUAUUUUCCACCGUGCGCUACCUCAACAAGCGGGAGGUGGACCCAUUGCUGCUGCUGAAGGCAGCGCUUAUCCUGCAGAGCUGCCAGCGCUGCCCCCACGUGUUGGCCGGCUGCAUCCUGCACAACCUCACAGUGGUGAGCAGCCAGCUGACCCCUCAGGUGACGGCUCAUCUCCUCGCUGCGCGGAACGUUCACCGUGCUCUGAAGGACCUUUCACAGUAUUCAAGUGGCGACACUGCCUUUGACCGGGAGGCGUCGGUCAUCCCAGUCUACCUCUCCGACGAGGAGUUCUCGUCCCUGCACUGCCACUCUGCGAGACGACUAAACAGGUUCAGCAGCACAGGGUCCGACCUCGUCAGCAGAACCUGCGGUGCCGAUGGCCGCCCUCGCCUGUCCGUCACCCUUUCCGACACCACGGACACGGAAUCCGACAACUCCAGCUCGGAUGAGGGCAGCUCCGGCUCCAAGUGCACCAGGCGCCGUGUCCCGGGCUGUGGAGCCCUCCUCUUCCAGCCGCUGCUCGCAGACAACCUUGGCAGCCCGCUCGGGCGGUGGAAGGCCGACCUCACCAACGCUGUGUCGGAGUUCCAGGCCUCGGAGGCGAGCGUGACAACGGCCGACACCCUGGAGAGCAUCUCCGAGGCAGAGGAGGCCGCCACUAGCACCAACGCGAGGGCGCGCACGCGGGGAGACCAAGGGCCUGCGACUCCUGGAGGUCAUGACGGAGCCACGAGUCACGAAGAGGGGAAGGCAUUGGGGACCUUGGGAUGGCACAAAAGUAGUGGAGUUGUGGCAGGGGUGGUAUUCCACCGAGAUGCCACAGGUCACGAGGAAGAGCGAAGCAAUAAGGAGGUUGGAAGUUCAGAAGGCGGCGUGAGCGGUGAAGUUGCUCCCAGCAUCGAGACAAGAAGAGGAGGCCAGCCGCAGUGUAGUGACGAGGUUAGUGGGGUCAUGCCGUCCGAAGGCAGGCAGCACCUGGACUCCGACGCACCGAUGCUCCUGGAUUCCGCGGAGACUUCACCUGAGCUGCAACCUUUAACCUCGCAUAAUCGCAGCAGCGGGCGAGGGGCAGCUGCCAGCAUCGGUUCUCGAGCGGGAGCAGCGGGGGUCUCGCGCCUCGCUCUGCCCAAGCGAGCGCCCGUCUCUCCCUACGCAGACCAAGGCGAGGACCAGGCACACUUUGUGAGUGCGGCGAGCGAGUCUGACUCCAGCUUCCCCUCGCCAUCGCCAUCAGCGUCGCUGCCGUCAUUCUCGUCGUCGUCGCCAUCGGAGGUCGAGAGUGGUGGAGGAGCUCGCGGGGAGGAGAGCGUUCGCUCGCGUGAGUUCCCGGCGCAGGCGCCGCGCGGGUUUGUGCGGCUGGCGCUGUACGUGCACGCCAAGCCCGAGAUCACUCUGGUGCUGCUGGCAGAGGAUGCGCUGCGGAACGACGGCUCUGCCCAGGAUGAACUGUUCACUUCCAACCUCGCAUCGCUCAACGGCCUGGAUGUGCAUCUGAAGGAGGUGUUCGCACAGACCCCAUCAGACCAGCGCAAACACAGUUACAGUUUCCUCUGCUACGACCGCGUUCUCCGCUCGCUGCAAGGUAGCAAGAGGGUUCUGGCACUGACAACGCCGGAUAUUCUCCGUGACAGCCACACGCACGGUGCGUCCACGCCAGAGCGGGAUCUGUGCCGUGCUGCCUCCCUCAUGCAUUCCGAGUUCCGACGUUCUCCAGCCAUCACGGAGAUAACACUCAGGAGCAGCACGGCGUGCGUGUACGGCGCCCAGACGCCGGCGCAGGAGGUGUUCUUCCAGGUGAGCCCGUCCCAGCGGAGCGGCAUGGUCGGGCCCGGUUUCGCAGACGGCACCUACCGGCUCCCGGGCGCCGCUCGCUCCAAACUGCAGCAGCACGGCAUCAACCUGCCCUGACGACACGUGGGCCCCCAAAGCGGCGCCGGAGCCCCUCGCCGCUCUCGCCACCACUGCCAACAAAUAAUACCGGCGCCCACCACUCUCACCGCCACCGGCACCGCUGCCAACAAAUAACACCGGCGCCCACCCACUCUCACCACCAGCACCGCUGACAACAAAUAACACCAGCGCCGUCGACAGCAUCGGCAUCAACACCAUAACCACCACUAGCAGCAGUACGUCCUGCACUACAAACCGCAACACACUACUAACCACUAACACCAGCACUUCCAGUGCCACAACCAAUUCCACAUCAGCAUCACAAUAAUAACCAAAGCC